CCCCCCCCUCGCGCUCUCCCUCUGCCUGAGCCGUUCCUCUCGAGCAGGCCCAUGCCACCCCGGUCGUUGCUUCCGACCAACCGAUCAGAUCAACAGCUAACCUUUUCGCAGCCGGGCCGCCGCUGCCUGCCCUCGGCUGCGGCACGCUGGCCCAGCAGGAUGGUGAGGCUCCGUGUCUCCAGCACCACCGUGGCCAUCCUGCUGGCGAUUCAGACUGGCUUCUUAUUGUUCCUGUACGCUCACCAUGGCAGCUUCUUGUCCCCGUCUGCGGAGAAGCCGGCCCGGGUGCACGUCCUCAUCAUCUCCUCGUGGAGGUCGGGGUCCUCCUUCGUCGGCCAGCUCUUCAGCCAGCAUCCCGACGUCUUCUAUCUGAUGGAGCCCGCCUGGCACGUGUGGGGGACCAUGUACCAGAACAGCGCCCGGGUCUUGCACAUGGCCGUUCGGGACCUUGUCCGCUCUGUCUUCAAGUGUGACAUGUCCGUCUUUGACGCCUACAUGCCUUGGAAGAGGAACUUGUCUGAUCUCUUCCAGUGGGCCGUGAGCCGGGCGCUGUGCACCAAGCCGGCUUGCGAGUACUUUGAGCGCACGGAGAUCACCAGUGAAAGAUCCUGCAAGACUCUUUGCGGUAAGUACCCCUUUAGCAACGUGGAAGAGGCCUGCAAGACCUACAGCCACGUCGUCCUGAAAGAGGUCCGCUUCUUUGACCUCCGCGUCCUCUACCCUCUUCUUACUGACCCCACCUUGAACCUCAAAAUCAUCCACCUGGUCCGUGACCCCAGGGCCGUGGUGAAGUCCCGGGAACAAACGGUGAAAGCCCUUACCCGGGACAACGGGAUCGUCUUGAACACAAACGGCACGAAAGUGGACGACAGCCAGUACAAAGUCAUGCAGGAGAUCUGCCGGAGCCACAUCCAAAUUUACGAAACAGCUACUCUCAAACCCCCGGAGUUCCUGAAAGACCGCUACCUGAUGAUCCGGUUCGAAGAUCUAGUCCGAGAUCCCUUAGCAGAAAUCUCGGCCAUGUAUCGAUUUACGGAUCUCCAGCUGACUGGCAAACUCGAAAACUGGAUCUAUAAUAUCACGCACGGACAAGGACCGAGCAGGAGGAAAGAGGCCUUUCAGAUUACCUCCCGGAACGCGGUCAAUGUCUCCCAGGCAUGGAGGGACCUUCUCCCGUUUGAGAAAGUCAAAAAAGUCCAGGAUGUUUGCAAAGGUGCUUUAAAUAUCCUUGGCUACCAGCUUGUAGAUUCUGAGAAAGAGCAGAAGGAUUUGUCUGUAGAAUUAGUGCUGCCUUAUCGGAGGAACCAAUUCAGCUGGGUAUCGUUUGGUGACGAGUAGGCAGAACGUCACACCGAACUGGGAAAGACUUGCUUUGCAAGUUGCGUCUAGCGCUUCUAGGAAGUGUUGCACAUCCUUUGCCACUACUGGAAGGAAAAAGAACCAAGAGCUUGUCCUGUCUCCUUUUAUACUUUUAUAUACAAGUUUGAUAUGACUUUAACUGCCAAGGCUCUAUCCGACAGAAAGCUGGCCAUUACAUUUUGGGAAAAAUAAAUACUGAGAAUUCUCUGUGGCGGUUCACAGGAGAGUCGAGAGCUCUCCAGUGGAGAAUGACAAGUGUCUCACUAAAUUAUAUAUCCCCGAAUUCCAGAGCAUGGCAUUAAAGCGGUUUCAGACUGCUGUAAUGGCUCCAUGUAGAUGCACUCUGUGUUUGCAGGUAUUGCAGCCUGGAUCAAGUAACCUCACGGCAGGACGAUAUCUGUAGCUUUCAAGAGAGGAAGGGAGGCGUUCCUUCCGCCUUUUUCAUUAGUCGCAAUGCACGGCAUCCAGAAACAGGCUUUUAUUCUGCGCCAUGUUCCAACCCACAAGACUCUUCUGAGAGAAAAGGACAAAUGUUGCAAUGUUGUGGUAUAUUGUUAUUUGCAUUCUUGAAAUGUUUUUGUCUGUAUUUUUUUUUAAAAAAAGGUCAGCCUCAAUAUUGUCAAACAAAGGACCACAGAAUUGCCGAUCAUGGCAAGAAUGGCGGUCUUGUGGUCCUCUAGAUCAGUGGUCCCCAACCUUUGGGCCUCCAGAUGUUAUUGAACUACAACU